CUGCGUUUUAAAACCCGCCCAACGGCCGUCUCGGGCUCGUCAAUGCGCAUCGGUGUGCGCAUCUUUGAAUCUUUCCAACUACGCUGUGGACAAUCUCUAUGAUAACCCCCCUCCCUCCGUCCUCUUCCUCCUGCUAGACCUCUCCUCCUCCGCAAUCCGACGAGGCUUCUUCGCCGAUGGCCGCACAUCAUCGGCAUCCCUAAUAGGGCCGGAGAGAGGGAGAGAGAGAGAGAGAGAGAGAGAGAGAGAGAGCGCAGCCGGCCGCUUCCACCUCCAUCGCUCUUUUUUGCACCGAAGAGGCGUUCAGGAACCACCCAUUGGCUUUAUUUUUUCUUUCUUCUUCUCCACAUAUCUAGGAAUCUGCUGCCAUGCUGGGCCCGUCCCUUCAUCACUAUUAUAGUCAUUGCUAGAACGACACAAGAUCAUCUGCCCCCCUCCCCCUCUCAUUCGAGCGAGACCGACGGGAUGCGUCCUGGUGCAGUGAUGCUGGUGGUCCUAGUGGUCCUUCUGGGCAACUUGAUGCCGCCCUUCGUCACGGCUCAAAACGCUGGGUUUGUGAAGUCGCCGAUGUCUGAAACUAAGCUCACGGGGGACACCUUUGAGCUGUACUGCGACGUGGUCGGUAACCCCACCCCGGAGAUCCAGUGGUGGUAUGCCGAGAUCAACAGAGCAGACUCCUUCAAGCAGCUUUGGGACGGAGCCCGCAAGCGGCGAGUGUCCAUCAACACGGCCUACGGUGCCAAUGGGGUCAGCGUGCUCGGCAUCACGCGCCUCACAAUGGAGGACUCUGGGACCUACGAGUGUCGGGCGAGCAACGACCCCCGGCGGAAUGACCUUCGACAAAACCCCGCCAUCACCUGGAUUCGGGCCCAGGCCACCAUUUCGGUGCUACAGAAACCAAAGAUUAAUGCCUCUGAUCAGAUCAUCCUGCCGUUGGAAUCCCCUCCCAUACCUGUUACCCUGCAUUGUAACCUCACCACUGCCCACACGCCCCACACGGAGAGUUUCUGGAUGAAGAAUGGCCGGGAGAUUGCAAACACGCGGACCGAGCAUAGGAACACGGCGUACAGAAUUGCUAAACCGCGGGCAGAUGAUUCCGGGGAAUACCUGUGUGUCUACACGUUUGCAAUGGCGCCAAAUGCAAAUGCAACAAUUGAAGUGAAAGCAAAACCUUAUAUCACAGGUCAUAAACGAAGUGAAAAUAAAAAUGAGGGGGAAAAUGCAACGCUUUACUGCAAGUCAGUCGGGUAUCCGCACCCAACCUGGACGUGGCGUAAAUUGGAUGGAACUUCCCCAAUGGAAAUCGAUAACUCAACUGGACGCUUCUUCAUCACCAGUAGAGAGAACUACACCGAGCUCAACAUCAUAAACUUGGAUAUUAACACAGAUCCAGGAAAGUACGAGUGCAAUGCUACCAACGUCAUUGGGACCACUGCUGAGGCCACAAUCGUACGGGUGCGGAGCCAUCUCGCACCGCUUUGGCCGUUCCUGGGCGUACUCGCGGAAAUUAUCAUCCUAGUAGUCAUCAUCGUUGUGUACGAGAAACGCAAGAGGCCGGAUGACAUUAUCGAUGAUGAUGAACCAGUUGGACCAAUGAAAACAAACUCAACAAACAACCACAAAGACAAAAAUGUCCGCCAAAGGAACAUGAAAUAAGCAAUCGGCUCAAAUGAGAUGGCUAAACUGCAAGUUUUUUUGGCUACAUCAAAGGUGGAUGGAGCUGCAGGCUAUUUUGGGGAAAACAAUAAAGCAUAUCUCGUCUCAUUUUAUGAGAAACAAUAUCAGCAUAACACUGGCAACAGAGAGGAAUCGGAAUGGCUGUCUUAAAUAAGCAUGCCUUGUCGCGUGGCGAUGGCAGGAUGACGAAUAGAGACUAUAAAUCGCCGCCAAGAGGUGUACACAUUUUUUGAUGUGAUGUUGAUGUCUCCUUCAUUGAUUUAAAUCACGGGUCUCAAGCGAGCUGAUCCCCUUUUGUAUUACAUAUCAUGUAAAUGCAUGCAAAAUAAUUACGCAAUAGGAUACUCAGAAUAGACAUCUUCUGUUGUUAUCCCUCAUGUGGCUUUUUGUUUUGCAUCCCAAAAGACUUUUUAUAGAGUCAUCCUUAUAUAUAUAUAUAUAUAUAUAUAUAUAUAUA